AACAUUUUCUUCUCUCUCUCUCUCUCUCUCUCUCCCUAAAUCCUAAAACCCUCCUUCGUCUUCUUCCUUGAGAAUUCGCAGAGCGAUGCUUGACCCAAUGGACCUGCUCCGAUCCAACCUCUCCCGGGUUCGGAUCCCGGAACCGACUAACCGCAUCUACAAGCAAGAAUGCUGCGUCUCUUUCGACACUCCGAGAUCGGAAGGUGGUUUGUUCGUUGACAUGAACACCUUUCUUGCUUUUGGGAAGGAUUACAUAGGAUGGCACUAUGAAAAGACUGGAAACCCAGUUUAUCUGCAUAUAAAGCAAAACAAAGUGUUGGUUCCUGAAGAUAGGCCUUUAAAGAAACCAACGCUCAUGGCUAUAGGUAUUGAUGGGGGAUUUGACAAUAAUGAACCGGAAUAUGAAGAAUCUCACAGUAUUGUUGUGUUGCCUGAUUAUGUGACUCUACCAUUUCCUUCUGUUGAGCUGCCAGAGAAGGUAAGAUUGGCGGUUGAUAGCAUUUUAAUGGCUGAGGGUGCAGAGAAGAAAGAACAAAUAGCAGCAUGGACAGCCGAUAAGAAGCAAACGAGUGCAUAUGCAAUGAAUUUGCAACAGGUUGACAAUGGUACCAUCGUUCCUUCUUCUGGGUGGAAAUGUUCCAAGUGUGAUAAAAGAGACAAUCUUUGGAUGAAUCUAACUGAUGGAACGAUCCUUUGUGGGAGAAAAAAUUGGGAUGGUACUGGUGGAAAUAACCAUGCUGUCGAGUACUAUAACGAUACAGGAUAUCCUCUUGCUGUAAAGCUAGGGACAAUUACAGCUGAUCUAGAAGGAGCAGAUGUUUUCUCUUAUCCAGAGGAUGAUAGUGUUGUAGAUCCACUUUUAGCACAACAUCUGGCAUUUUUUGGCAUUGACUUCUCCUCAUUACAGAAGACGGAGAUGACUACUGCUGAAAGAGAGCUUGACCAGAAUACCAAUUUUGACUGGCACCGUAUUCAAGAAAGUGGACAGGAAGUCGAACCGAUAUUUGGACCUGGUUACACUGGCCUUGUCAAUCUUGGAAAUAGCUGUUACAUGGCAGCAACCAUGCAAGUAGUGUUCUCUACGCACUCUUUCUAUUCCGGGUACUACAAAAAUCAAAGUUUGAAAACAGCAUUUGAGAAGGCGCCAGCUGACCCAACUGUAGAUCUGAACAUGCAGCUAACAAAGUUGGCACAUGGUUUGCUAUCUGGCAAAUACUCUGUUCCUGUAUCAGAGGAAAAAGAUCAGACAAAUGCUAUUACCCCAACAACAAAUGUGAAACAAGAUGGGAUACCUCCUCGUAUGUUCAAGGCUGUUAUAGCUGCCAGUCAUCCUGAAUUUUCUUCCAUGAGACAACAGGAUGCCUUGGAGUUCUUCUUGCACUUUCUUGACCAAGUUGAACGGGCUCAUGGUGGGAGACCUGAAAUUGAUCCUGCGAGGAGUUUCAAGUUUGGUAUUGAAGAUCGUAUUAUGUGUUCAUCUGGAAAAGUUGCGUACAAUAGGAGACUGGACUACAUUCUUUCCUUGAACAUUCCGCUGCAUGAAGCUACUAAUAAAGAAGAGCUUGCAGCAUUUCAGAAACUGAAAGCUGAAAAGGCUUCAGAAGGCAAGGAAGUAUCCAGUGAUGAAAUUGUACGUCCAAGGGUUCCCCUAGAAGCAUGCCUUGCAAGCUUUUCGUCACCAGAGGAGAUACAGGAUUUCUACAGCACUGCCUUGAAGGCCAAGACAACAGCAGUAAAGAGUGCAGGUCUAACUUCAUUCCCUGACUAUUUGGUGUUGCAUAUGCGAAAAUUCGUAAUGGAGGAAGGCUGGGUGCCAAAAAAGCUUGAUGUCUAUAUAGAUGUUCCUGAUAUCAUAGAUAUUAGUCACAUGCGCAGUAAGGGACUUCAACAUGGAGAGGAGUUGCUACCAGAGAGCGUUCCUGGAGAAGAGGAGGAACCAACUAAGCCUGUGGCGGAUGAGAAUAUUGUUACUCAGCUUGUUUCAAUGGGAUUUAAUAAUCUUCACUGUCAGAAAGCUGCCAUUAAUACCUCAAAUGCUGGAGUAGAAGAGGCAAUGAAUUGGCUACUUUCUCACAUGGAUGAUCCUGAUAUAGACACACCUAUCUCUCAAGGCGGAGGACAAAUUGUGGUUGACCAAUCAAAAGUGGAUAUGUUGAUUUCAUUUGGUUUUCAGGAAGAUAUUGCUCGGGCUGCAUUGAAAGCAUCGGGUGGUGACAUUGAGAAAGCCACAGAUUGGAUAUUCAACAAUCCUGGUGCUUCUGUCUCAACUGAUAUGGAUGCAACAACAUCAGAGACAACACCUACUGCUGCUGAUUUGGGGCUACCUGAUGGAGGAGGAAGAUAUAGACUUAUUGGAAUUGUAAGCCAUAUUGGAACCUCUACACUAUGUGGUCACUACGUUGCACACAUCUUUAAAGAUGGUAGAUGGGUAAUUUUCAAUGAUGCGAAGGUUGGGGCUUCCGUCAAUCCUCCGAAGGACAUGGGUUAUCUUUAUUUCUUUGAGAGACUAAACAGUUGAGAGACACCAGAAUUUCGACAUUGGAAGGUUAGUUUGGUGAUGAUCAGAAGUGGAAAAGAAAAGUAGCGCACAAUUUUGUGGAACCUCAACAAUCUGCCAACAUGCACUUGGUUUUUUUUGUAGAAGCUUGGCCUUGGAAUUUUUAUCAAUUUGCUGCAUGAUUAGAUGAGGUUUCCAUGAUUCAGAUUAGCUGACCUUUACUCAAUUUCGGUGCUUUAAAGAUUGAAGUAAUCAUGUUACAGAAGAAAAAUUCCAAAUAGAUAUGCCGAACCUUCCGUUUCUAAUGACAAGAAAAGUUCUGUACUCAAAGUUAGCUCGUUACUCCAGCACCUCUCUCCUCUUUUAUUUAUUUUUGUGAUUUUCUAGUCUGUUCUGAUUGAAAAAACCAGGGAAAAGCGGAACAGAAAAAAUGUGGCCUUGGCCAUAGGAGAAAACAAACUAUAAUGUUGCUCGUUGAAGUACUUGUUUCUGCCAAGCGUUGUAGUACUUUACAGCGGAGGGAUGGAUGUCAUGGUUGCUAAGAGCAUCGUCCUAUUUUCUUGAUUUUCUCAAGCUUUUUUUUUAGGUCCAACA